UAAAAAAAAAAAAGAGCGAUUUGCCCUAUAUACUCAUACGACAUAACAUUAGGUACAGCUGUAAUAUUUAUUGAGACCCCAACAAGAGUGUUAUCUCGAUAUUUACCUUCACAAAGAAAAUAAUGAGAUGUAUUGUACCGGCACGUUUAAUUCAAACAUUCUGAGUGUUUUUUUUCCCACCUAAUGUACGAGAAUCUUGAUGCAGUAUAUAGUUACAUUGAUAGUGUAAAGGAAUAUUCGGGCCACGCUGCAAAUAAUAAAAAAAAUAAUUACAAUCUGAGAUUAAAGUCGAGUUGUGAUUUUUCAUUUGAAAAUUGUCCUUUUCUGUACCACUUAAAUUGCAAAACUAGAUGACUUCUUAUCAAAAAUAUUACUUCCCCCCCCCAAAUAUACAAAUUUAACAAUAAAAUAGAGCCUGCUUCGAUUGACCUCCGUGACAAGCACAGGAGUGACAGCCCAUCUCCAGCAGUUAUUCCUGGGAAUCGUGCAAGGCUCUUGUUCUUUGUCUUUGAUCCUCGACACUUUUUGAUUGCGCUUUAUUGCAGCUCCCCCAUGCACGUUAUACACGUUUUAGUAGUGGUUCCCCUUCCUAAGCAGCAAAUUCAAUCAUAGCUCUCUGCUUCUGACGGGCAUCCGACAAUCAUGUAAUUUCCAAAUUGGCUGAAAAGGAAAAGGACAAGCUUAAACAAAAUUUUUUUUUUUUUUUAAUAAACCGUCAAAAAGUAUUUAAAUUGCAAAGAGUCAACAUUUCAGAAAAAAAUUAAACUACUAGUAAAUUAGAUUAAAUUAGGCUCAUUACUUUUUGACUGCUCCUUUUGACUAUUUUGCCUCACAAGGAAAAAUCCUCAAAUUUUGUGAUGAAAUAAUGACAGGGUAUUUCGGGUAUUUUCCAUAGCUGUCAAAUGUAAACCAAACAAAUUAAAUUUGACCGGAAUAGUAUGUAAGUAUGAAGAAUAAAAGUCUCUUGACUUGACCCUUAUUGCUGUAGCACCACCUUAAUAAACCCCAAGCUUCUUUUGCGAGUUUGUCAUCCUAAAAUGUCUGCUAUGAAAAUACUCCAACCAGGCUUUAGGACCACAGCGUCCUCUGCUGGUAAAGAUUAGGAAUCACUGCACAGGGAGAAAGAAAAACCUAACAUUUCCACUGAUGACCUCCAGUUUCCUGCCUGUCUUAAAUACACAUGGCAAAAAAUAACACACUCUCCUGUGUUAGAGUCCACUUGGCACAUGUCACACACCCCUAAUCAAUCGCUCAUCCCUAAUGUGUGUCACAUUCCUGGGAACAAGUUGGGACAACUUGCUGCACCUGAAACCAGUAAAACUGCCAUAACAAGUCAUGAAAAUUUCAAAAUACUGCUAUAAAUUGUCUAUUUUUUCAUCCUUGUGAAACAUCGAUGAUCCUCGUCAGCUUGUUAACGUGAACAUGUGAUAGCAGUUACUGAGCUUGUUGCAGCCGAUGUCUCUCUCUCUCUCUCUUUCUCCAUGGCCUGUCCUCCCGCCGCCUCCUGCUCCUACACCGUGGUCCUCAUCCCGCUCAGGAGCAGCCUCUGCAGCCUGGACGCCCUUCGCUUCUACUUGUGGAUUAAGCAUCUCAAGGAUCUAGAAAAGGAAAAAGACAUUCUGUGCUGUGGUUUGGAGACUCUGGAGCAGGCCCGACUCUGGUACUGCCAACGGCUGCAAAAGUCCAGAGCCCAGCAAGAUGACACUGACACCAAAGGUUGGAUCAACUCCUCCCAACAAGUUGUUACAAAGGCCCAUUCUUGCUGGCUGAGGUCUCGCAUACAGCGGGUGAAUGCAUCUUUGGCUUCUGUCAUGGCUGAGCCCAGUGGCACCAGCACUGAUGCUGUAGUACACAGCGCCCUCCGGUGGUAUCACACGCGACUCACACAGGAAGUGAGUCACAAGAAUCGACAGAUCUCCAUGUUAGAGAUGGAAAAGGACGCUCUUCUCGAGCGACUUUAUGAAGUUGAAACUGUCAGUGUAACUGAACCAUCAAGCCCAGGGUACCAGCACUUGACGAUUUACCGGGUCGAAUUCACAUGCCAAAGAACUUUGUUUUGGAUAUGUCACGCCUUUGAGGCUGUCAUUCGCGCUAUGGUUCAGCUACACAGCACCCGAUACGGGUAUGUCCAAAUCCUGUACUUACAAUGUACAUAUGUUUUAUUUUCCUUCCAAUUUUGUGGUUUUAGUGGCUUCCGUGCAGGUCUGCGGCGGUGGGAAGAAGAAAACAUCCUGCCGUGGUUGUGCUCUAUGUUACACACUUCAAACAAACUGUCGUGAUUCAAGAGUCACACACAUGCAAAAUAUUGCCUUUGUAAUUAGACGUUGUUCACAUUUGCAGCUCAAUGUGGAGGUAUUGAAGUCACGACACUUUUAUCAUCACAUACACUAAUACAGUAGCGCUGCAGAACAUGACAUGACUGUUGUAUCUUGCAAAUUCUGUGCAAUAAUGUUGUGCUCUAUAUUGAACCCUUUAUGGAUUAUUUUUUGCUAUUCUCUUUCAAAUGCUUGGAACGUACAACGAAGGGACACUUCAUUCGGUACACCCGCUCGCCCAAUUUCAUCGAUUCCAAAUGCGAUCAUGCUCAAUUUGGAUCGAAAUCGAUUAAUUUAACAAUCGUCAUUGUGGUUGUAGUUUACAGUGGUGUCAAACUACACUGCUGAGAUAUUUCUUUUAUAUAUAUAUAUUUACCCAUUAAUAAUGCGCUAAGAUAAAU